UUAAAUUUAUUUGAUAUAAAUUUUUUAAAUAUAUAAAGUAAAGUUUUCAAAAAUUUACACAUGGUUUUUACAUCACAAAUAUUUGCAGUAGGAACAAAAUUUGUGUUUAUGGGUGUAUGUAUGUGCAGUUAGCUGCAUAAGCAGAGUUUAUUAGCAAAUUCCGACGAAGUAAAGUAACUACAUCAAAAUUUAUUAUUAAAUUAAAAUAAGUAAGAUUUAAAUGUAAACAAAAUGCCUGUACUGCGUAAAUACAGACGUGAGACUAGUGAAAUAAGUUGUUGCCUAAAAUAUAUGCUAUUUACCAGCAAUGUUGCGAUUUGGAUGAUAGGCUUGUGUGUACUGGCUAUAGGCAUCUGGGCGUGGAACGAAAAGGACAUGUUUAGUAAUUUAGCUAAAUUAACUUUCAUUGCCUUGGAUCCAGCGUUCGUGCUAAUUUGCAUUGGCACAAUUACAUUUAUUAUUGGCUUUACUGGAAGCGUAGGUGCGUUACGUGAAAAUACUUGUCUCUUAGCAGCGUAUGCCAUCCUUCUCUCUAUAUUACUGUUGUUAGAAAUCAGUUUUGGUGUUUUAGCAUUUAUUUUGAAAGAUAAGGGUUGGAUUAAAGAUCAGGCUACUGAAGGACUGCGUGCAUUCAUAAUUCAUUAUCGUGAAGAUCCAGAUCAGCAAAACUUGAUCGAUUGGAUACAAGAAGAUUGGUUACAAUGCUGUGGCAUUGAGGGUCCAACAGACUGGGAAAGCAAUAAUUAUUUUAAUUGUUCGUCGGGCGCUGUUGGUAGUCGCGAGGCUUGUGGUGUGCCGUUUUCAUGUUGUCGUCGGCGCGCGCAGGAAUUUAUUAAAAAUAAACAAUGUGGCUAUGAUGUACGCAAGAAAGGCUAUCCCGUGGAACGGCAUAUAUAUGAACGCGGCUGUUUACGUGCUGGCGAGGAUUGGUUAGAAACUCAUUUAAUUAGUGUGGCUCUAACUUGUAUAUUUGUUUUACUGAUGCAGAGCGCUGAUGUAUCAAAAAUUAUAUACGAAAAAGGUUGUGUUACGGCAGGUGAAGAAUGGAUGGAGCAUAAUUUAAUAUUGAUAUCGACAAGUGCUAUUAUUUCAGUUUUUAUGCAGAUACUCGGAAUAUGCUUCGCUCAAAAUCUGCGUGCUGAUAUCUACGCUCAAAAGUCAAAAUGGCACUGACAUAUACCUACGUCCGCCCCCACUGCCAUUUAGAGUUGCCAACAAAUAACACGAAAAAAACAACAAUAAUAUACAAACUAAUAUUAAAUUGUGUCACUAAUUUCUUAUAAAUUAUUAAGCUAUUCAAUGCUAUUAAAAUGCACUAUAUUCUCAUUAUAUUUAGAUUAUUUUUAAAAUUAACAAACGUGGUCUGUUCAAAAACUUUGUCGUUUUUUAUAUUUUAUAUUUUAAUUUU